CCAAAUAAAAAAACAAACUUUUUUUUUUAUUCCUCUUCAAUCAUCAUUUUUCCUUUGGAUUUUUGAUCGAUCAAAAAGAAUUUGAUCGAUCGAUAUCCAAUCAAGGGGUUGUUUCAUUUUCUUCUGUGAUUCCAAAGAGAUAAAUUUUAAAAAAUUUGGUUGAAUGUGAUGGAAAUGGAUAAUAUUGAAUGUGUAUCAUCAAUUGAAGAAGGAGGAGAAGAUAUUCAUCAACAUCAUCGAUUUGGUUCUUCAAAACCUUUAAUUAAUAAUCUGAUUUCUCCUGCUACAAGUGUUUAUGAAUUGCUUGAAUGUCCUGUUUGUACGAAUUCUAUGUACCCACCUAUUCAUCAGUGUCACAACGGGCACACGCUAUGUUCAACAUGUAAAACAAGGGUACAUAACCGGUGUCCCACUUGUAGACAAGAGCUUGGAGAUAUCAGGUGUUUAGCGUUAGAGAAGGUUGCCGAAUCCCUUCAACUUCCCUGUAGGUAUGGCUCGCUAGGGUGUCCUGAUAUAUUUCCGUAUUACAGUAAGCUCAAGCAUGAGGCUAUGUGCAACUUUAGACCAUACAACUGCCCCUAUGCUGGAUCAGAGUGUGCAAUUGUUGGCGACAUUCCGUCACUAGUCACCCAUCUUAGAGAUGAUCAUAAGGUAGAUAUGCACACUGGAUGUACGUUCAACCAUCGAUAUGUAAAGUCUAAUCCUCGUGAAGUUGAAAAUGCUACAUGGAUGUUGACUGUCUUCAACUGUUUUGGUCAGUACUUCUGCCUACACUUUGAAGCCUUCCAACUCGGAAUGGCCCCUGUUUACAUGGCAUUCCUGCGCUUCAUGGGAGACGAAACUGAUGCCAGGAACUACUGCUACAGUUUGGAAGUAGGAGCAAAUGGUAGGAAACUGAUUUUUGAAGGUACACCACGGAGCAUUCGUGACAGUCACCGUAAAGUCAGAGACAGCCACGAUGGACUCAUUAUCCAGCGAAACAUGGCUCUCUUUUUCUCAGGUGGAGAUAGGAAAGAGCUGAAACUUAGGGUUACGGGAAGGAUAUGGAAGGAACAACAGAACCAAGAAGCCGGGGUGUGCAUCCCAAACCUUUGUAGUUGAGAGGAGUGUAUCACACACAAAUUUGCUCUAGACUAUGCUGCAGGUUGGAUUCAAAUUGGCUUAUAAUGUAAUCUAAUAAUGGCAAUCAGAUAGAAAUUUUUUGGGUCUAAUUUGAAUCUUACAGCAUGAAGUUGAAAUCUUAUGUAUGGCUUGACUUGGUCAACUGGUUAUGACCUGGUCUACAUUGCAUCAUCCAUGUCUAUAGAAAACAUAAAAAAGACAGAAGGUUGCAUAUUCAAAUCUUGCCAGGAGACUUCCUUGCUUGCAUAAUGUGAGAAUAUCCAGUUCUGAGUACUGUUUCAAAGACCA